CAGCAUUUACCAAGUACAUGUAUCCAACAGACAGACCGAUCAUGUCGCCGCCCAUGUCUUGAGCAACGCACAAAAACAUGUUGCGCACCAGAGCGCGCCUGGGCUUUGCUGCCCUUUCUCCGCCUCUGCCUCGCCCAUUCCUCCUCCACCACCACCAAUUCCAUGCUUCUGCCCGCCGCCAGGUCGUCAAGCCGUUCCUGCUCGCGGACAUUGGCGAAGGCAUCACAGAAUGCCAGCUGAUCCAGUGGUUCGUGCAGCCUGGCGCCCGGGUCGAGCAGUUCGACAAGCUAUGCGAGGUGCAGUCCGACAAGGCAAGCGUCGAGAUCACGAGCCCGUUCGAUGGAGUCAUCAAGAAGCUGCACUAUGAUCCGGACGACAUGGCCAUCACGGGCAAGCCGUUGGUCGACAUUGACAUCCAGCAGGACCUCAGCGAGGUCGACGAAGCGAAGCUGGGUGGACCCGCUGAGAGCCCACAGAUAGGCGAGCAUGCAGCACCCCAGCAAGAGGUUGAGUCCGAAGGAGGGCGAGCAGAAGAUACAAGCAUGCCACAGCGACAGUCGCGCGCUCAAAGUAGCGGCAUGCAUGGCUCUCUUGCCACGCCCGCGGUACGCCACUUGAUCAAGGAGCACAAACUUGCCAUCGAAGACAUAAAGGGCUCAGGGAGAGACGGGAGGGUGCUGAAAGAAGACGUGCAACGUCAUGUCUCUCAGGGUGAUUCCAUGUCACCCGCAUCGUCGACAGCAAGCCCUACGGCGACCACGAAAGACCGCCAGGUCCCUUUGACGGCAGUCCAAAAUCAAAUGUACAAGGCCAUGACACGCUCCCUGCAUAUUCCGCACUUUCUCUACAGCACCGCAGCAGAUAUGACGGCCAUCACAAUGCUGCGAAACAAGCUCAAUGCGUCUGCUGAGCCAGGCCAAAAGAUUACACACCUUGCUUUCAUCAUGAAGGCUGUGAGCUUAGCUUUUGCCCGACAUCCCAUCCUGAAUGCCACACUCAAUACCAAACCAGACUCCAAGCCCGAGCUGACGUACAAGGGCAGUCACAAUUUUGGCAUCGCAAUUGACACGCCCAAGGGCCUACUGGUGCCAGUAAUGCGCGACGUCCAACUCCUCAGCAUUUCCGAGAUCGCUCUCAAGAUGAGAGAACUCUCUAUUGCUGCACGUGACAAUAAGCUCGCACCUGGAGAUUUCAGUGGUGCUACAUUUACAGUGUCGAAUAUUGGAUCCGUCGGAGGUGGAGUGGUUGCCCCAGUCAUAUCAGAGCCGCAGGUUGGCAUCCUGGGUAUUGGCAGGAGCAAGAUUGUACCGGCAUUUAACGAGCGCGAUGAGCUUGUCAAAAAGGAAGAGCUCGUUCUUUCAUGGAGCGCGGACCAUCGUGUAGUGGAUGGCGCCGAAUGUGCGCGAUGUGCAGAGCGCGUGAAGACUUUAUUAGAAGAUCCAUCGGCGAUGCUGGUCGAUUUACGGUAGACAUUUUCAAUCAAACUGUUCAGAUCUCAAGACGG